AAGAAGUGAACUCUGCGGGCUUUAGGACCAUGUUGAGGACCUCGGUUUGUCUGGGCGGUGUUCACGUCACGACACUCAGCCUCAUCAGUCAGAUGUAGAUGUAGAGGAGGAGGUGCAGACCAGCUAUAUAUACACUAUUAGCAGCAGGGUUAAAUCGACCCUGGUCUGCCACCUGGUGUGGAGGCCUUGCUGGGUGGGAGGAAACAUGAUGAGCGGGAAGAGCCUGCUCCUGAAGGUGAUCCUGCUGGGGGACGGUGGAGUGGGCAAGUCCUCCCUGAUGAACCGCUAUGUCACAGACCGUUUUGACUCCCAGUCCUUUCACACAAUCGGCGUGGAGUUCCUAAACCGGGACCUGGAGGUGGACGGGCGUUUGGUCACUCUUCAGAUCUGGGACACAGCAGGCCAGGAGCGCUUUAAGUCCCUGCGCACGCCCUUCUACCGAGGAGCCGACUGCUGCCUGCUCACAUUUGCCGUGAACGACCUGCAGAGCUUCCAAAACCUCGGCUGCUGGAAGAAGGAGUUCAUGUACUACUCGGAUGUUAAAGACCCUGAGCGGUUCCCUUUUGUGGUGCUAGGCAAUAAGGUAGACAUGGAGCAGAGGGAGGUUGGCGAGGACGAAGCACGGGCCUGGUGUGAAGAGAGCGGCUGCUGCCCUUACUUUGAGACCAGUGCUAAGGAUGACACUAAUGUCACAGCUGCAUUCGAGGCAGCUGUCAGGGAGGUCCUGGCAGCUGAGGACCAGAUUGACCAUGCACUACUGAGUAGUACUAUCGAUCUCCAUGGCAACCGCAAAACCUCUCGCGGGUCUUGCUGCUGAUUGGUCAGGUGUGAAUCCACCUUGUCUUAAUCUCUCUGGCUGAACCUCGCCCAUGGCAGUUCUGAGAGCCAGUCAGAUAUUGAUAAUGGUACACAUACUGUAGGUACAAGGUACUGAGUACAGUAUCCCCUGAAGAUAAUGUGGAUAAGAUACAGCUGCUCUGAGGAGGGCCGUGUCAAGGAUUCAGCUGGUGUCUAGAUUGUUGAAUUAUUGCUCUAACCUGAGGUACAGGCACACUGUAACAGGCACACUCAUCCUUUGUACUCUGUCUGCUUUCAGUAGUCUUGCACAAAAAACAUUUCCACCCAGUCUCAGCUUUGUCUGCAGGAGUUGUAUCAAAUAAUGCUUUCAGAGCACUUAUUUUAAUUUAAAUGGUAUUGAUUAAAAUGUUAGAGAGAAUAUAACAGUCCUCUCUUGAAGAGCACACUCUACCUUUGGCACAGCGACAUACAGUCGGUCUUGUAACUGCUCAACAGUACGUCUAUGAGCUGAUUUUUCCUGGGUUUUAGAGGGACUUUGAAUACAACACCACAUUUUCUUGUAAUUAGAUCUUUCAGCAGAAAGAGAGUUAAUGUAUUUUCUGCACACAGAAAGUGUCUUUCACUGACAGUGUUCCCAAUCCAGGCAGAUAUUAUGCAUGAGAACCAUCAACACCAUCAGUAUGAUUACCAAUAUGAUUUGAGGUACGGGGAGCUUAAAUGAUUGCUGCUCUCAAAACCAGGAUGACCUUGUUUGUUGUCAAUGAGAAGGGAACUGUAAGCUUUAAUUUUGAAGCUCUGAUUGUAAGCAUUAGGUACGAGCUAUUGUGGCGCCCUCAUCUAUUUGUCUGUUAUAUGUAUUCCCAUUGCACUAGUGUGUAGCUGGAGGUGUCAGGUGUGGAGGUGUCAGGUGUACGAGUUAGGUGUUAUCAGAUUAUUUCCCAUGAUUUAUGUACAUGGGCCUGUUUACUAAGUACGGCUCAGUGUUUCUGGAAGUUCAAAAAUAAUACUGCUUUUGCUGCUGUUGUUGAUAGACUGCUGUUUAUUUUUCUGUGAAGCACACCUCCGUCCUCCGACCGACGUGUUAUUUACUUUUACAGAUGUGUGAUAUUCUGUUUGAUCAAGGGCUGAUUUAAGUCUGUUUUCCUGAUUUAUAGAGGAGGUUAUAAUUCUCAUAAUUAACAAUAAUUUUCAAAAAAAUGUUUUGGCAUGCUUGUAAUCCUGCGACUGCCUCGGUGAUUGUCCUUUAGCUUUGCUAUUCUGAAGGUCUCCUGUGCUUUCUGAUACAUUAACAUACACCUUGUGCUGUCUGUCUGGUCAUUUAAGGUCUCAGCUGAAUGUGAAAUAGCCUGAGCACAAGGAUAAGGCCAUUACUACUAAUGUGUGCAUUGUGCAUCUCCCGUCCAUUCAUGCAGUAUUGAGUGAAACAUACAACUGAGUAUUCUGGCAACUUAACGUUUACUUUUUUUCAGCUUGGUGGUACUUUACUUCUUACAUUUACAUACAGGCUUCCUUUGGUUUCACUGCUGUCAGCCAGAGGGUAUUGUUUUCUGUCUGUAUGGUUAGAACAAAUAAUUUGCUGAUGUUCAAUGCGUCAAACUAACAUGGUCUAAAAUCAUUCUCAUCAGUAUUUUGAUUGCUGCUGAAAUAGUAUUUUAUAUUGCGUCUACUCAAACAACCAAACUUGUUGCAAAAAUAAGAUCAAAUGUUUUCGUCUUCUGAAUGCACAAAGUCACCACGGCUCUUAUUAUAGUGCAUGUCCUCAUGUGUUUUUUUCUGUUUUGUUGGAGGUCUUAUGCAGCCUGAGAUUUGCCUUUUAGAUCAAAGAUUGCAUCACAUUUCAAUGUGUGUGUGUGCACUAAUGGUGAACAUUACAAGAGCUUCACUGUGAAAGUGAACCGAAUCCAAUCAGGUACAGUCAUAUUUACUUAUUACAUGGAUCUUUGGUUUAAUGUAGGCUUAUAAUACAUAGCUUGUUCAUGUGGGUGUGUUGAGUAUUACUAGCACUCACAGCAGUAUGAGAGGAGCUUCAUUAACUGUGAACUGAGUAGGGCAUUUUAACUAAAUCAAGCUGGUAGCCUACAUUAAUUCAAAGCAAAAAAUGAGGGCUGUUAAUUUAUCAUUUGUCAGUGUUAAUGUGUUAUGGAUUAAACUGAAUACUUUGUCUCCUUACUGUAUCAUUUCUGUUUUUAUCCUAUCCAGAUAAUGUAGCCUAUCACAAUGUUUACCUGAGAAUCAGUCGGUACUUAUAAACUUGUAGCAUAACCAUACAGUAUGUUGCUCUCAUGAUGCUGUCUUACAUCACUGCAAACCUGUCUUAUGUCAGUUUUUUUUUUAUGUUGCUGAAAUAUUUAUGACUGUAAAAACUAAUUUCUUUGGGCUGUCCAUAUUAAUGGCUUUAUGUAAAUCGCAAAGGGCAUUCAUUUUAUAAUAAUGUACAAAAUGACACUGAACGUCUGUCUCACCCUCAGUGCUCAACCCCAUGAGUGUGAUUUAAUCUGUGUGAAAGUUAAGACUGUUCAUCUUGAUUAUGUGUCUGAUUUAAUGGACAACUUCCCUUACUCCUCUUUUUUGCACUACGGAGGAAAGACUGGUUGUGCCAACAUGCUGGCAAAGCGACAAAUACUCCCCAGUGCUUGGCUACAAAUAAAACAUGCAACAUACCAAAUGGA